UCCCUUCUCAAAUCCUCAAGAACACGAAGAACAAGAACAAGAACAAGAACACGAAGAACACGAAGAACAACUGAUACUCGAGUCAAAGGAUGAAGAUGAAUAGCGCGAGCAUUGGAGGAUCCAAAAGGAGGGUAUCAAGCAGAGGCCUUGGCGAUGUCAUAAGACAGCAAAGAGCACGGCUUUACAUUAUAAGGCGUUGCGUUGUCAUGCUUCUUUGUUGGCACGACUGACUCUUACACUCUAAACGGUGUCGUUGUUUUGUAUAUAUCAAAGCUUCAUUUUUUUUUCUUAUGGGGAGAUCAACAAAUUUUGUAAUGGGUAGAUGAUGGAAAAAAAGUGUAAAUCUUGGCAUCAAUUAUUGUUAUUUCUACUAAUUUUUCUUUGUUAAUUCCUUUUCAUGCAUGAAAUUUGAAGAACUGGGGGGAGUUUUGAUUGAAGAACACAAGGGUUUUGGUAUGAACAUUGAAUGAAUGAAUGAGUGUGGGUUUGGAUUAUCGAGAAA